CGGGCGGGGAAGGCGCCCGGCGGAGCCAGGUUUCGUCUGGGGUCAGCCCUCGGGCUCGGCGCUGCCUCCCCACACAGCUCCGGGUGUGUGCUGGGAAGCGCCGUGCCCCAGGGGCGCUCGCCGGUCCUGCCGGAGGUAUUCCUGCACGGAAAGCUGGGAGCGCGGCUCUGAGGCGGGAAGGGUCGCUUAUCGCUUGUUUUCGAUGGGAGAGGUGGAGCGUGUGAGCCAGGAAAGGAGCCGGUGCAAAGAUGCUGAGCUUUUUCCGCCGCACGCUGGGACGCCGGUCCAUGCGUAAGCAUGCGGAGAAGGAAAGGCUGAGAGAGGCCCAAAGGGCUGCAACCCACAUCCCUGCAGCUGGGGACGCCAAAUCCAUCAUCACCUGCCGAGUGGCGCUGCUGGACGGGACAGAUGUCAGCGUGGACUUACCGAAAAAAGCCAAAGGCCAGCUCCUGUUUGAGCAAAUCAUGUAUCAUCUGGACCUUAUCGAAAGCGACUACUUUGGAUUAAGGUUCAUGGAUUCAGCACAAGUGGCACAUUGGCUGGACAACACCAAAAGCAUUAAAAAGCAAGUUAAAAUUGGCCCCCCAUAUUGUCUGCAUUUUCGUGUAAAGUUCUACUCAUCAGAGCCCAACAAUCUACGUGAAGAGCUAACAAGGUAUUUAUUUGUUCUGCAGCUGAAACUGGAUAUUCUUACUGGAAAAUUGGAAUGUCCUUUUGACACUGCUGUCCAGCUGGCAGCUUAUAACAUGCAAGCUGAACUUGGAGACUAUGAUCCUGCUGAACACGUCCCUGAGCUGGUGUCUGAGUUCAGGUUUGUUCCCACUCAGACUGAAGAGAUGGAAUUAGCUGUUUUUGAGAAAUGGAAGGAAUGCAGGGGCCAAACACCAGCACAGGCUGAGACUAACUACUUAAACAAAGCUAAGUGGCUGGAAAUGUAUGGUGUAGACAUGCACAUAGUCAAGGCAAGAGAUGGCAAUGAUUACAGCCUGGGACUAACACCUACAGGAGUUCUUGUCUUUGAAGGAGACACAAAGAUUGGUUUGUUUUUCUGGCCAAAGAUAACAAGGCUUGACUUCAAGAAGAACAAGCUCACUCUGGUUGUUGUUGAAGAUGAUGAACAGGGAAAGGAGCAGGAGCACACUUUUGUCUUUAGACUGGAUCAUCCCAAAGCCUGCAAACACUUGUGGAAGUGUGCAGUGGAGCACCACGCCUUCUUCCGGCUCCGGGGCCCUGUCCAGAAAAGCUCCAGUCGGUCUGGCUUCAUCCGCUUGGGCUCUCGCUUCCGAUACAGUGGAAAGACAGAAUAUCAAACCACAAAGACCAACAAAGCCAGGAGAUCAGCAUCCUUUGAAAGAAGGCCCAGCAAGAGAUACUCAAGACGAACCCUCCAAAUGAAAGCAUACACUGCUAAACUGGAAGAAACAAGUGCUGCAAACAAUGCUGUUAUCAGCCAAACUAAUGGAUCACAAAACUGGAAUGCAAAACCAAACCUGCCUGUCCUAACAGCAGUUCCUUCUGCACCAGUCUUAGUGGAAAUAGAAAACCUCCCAAGGAGCCCAGGAGCCAGCCAGCCAGAUAAGAAGUGCAUACCUCUUGUUGAUUUGCUAGACAGCACAGACUUGCCAGAAACUUGUGUGGAUGAAGCCCUGGGCCGUCCAGUUGUUAGCUUGGCAGCAGGAGAUUCAGAAGAGGCUGUUAGUUGCCCCCCUCCUGGCACAAAGGAAACUGUUGCAGACAAGGCAGACUCUGAUCCAUUUGAAGACACAUUCCUAAAACUGAAACAGCUGGAGACAGAGCACAGCAGCCCUGUGCCAUCUGAGCGUCCCAACGUAAACAUAAACGUCCAGGAUGAAGUGGUGAAGUUGACAGAUAAAUGUCUUAACAAUGCAAUCGAGAGCCCAAUCGUAGCACCAAAGUGGCUUCCAGCAGAUCUCAAAAGCAAUAUCCUGAAGGCCCAGGCAGAAGCAGGGCACAAGGUUGGAAAAGAUGACAGCAUGACAGGUGUCAAGAAUUCCAAUAUUCAGGAGGCUGCUGCCAGGAACCUUAUCCUGUCAGGCAAAUCGCAGAGCAGCCCCCCAGCAGCCAGUCCAGUAUUUCAAGAUCCAAGAGAGCUGCUGAGAGCAAUCCCUGCUUCAAACACCUUUGUUCCUAAUACUUUGAAUGAGGACAAUGCUGACUCUAACCAUGAGGACCUGCUAAUUCCAGCUAAUCUGGCUCCAACUGAGGAGGCUGCUGUUUCAAAGGUAUCACCACCUGCCAGCCUGGAAGGUUUCUGUCACAUUCUGAGCUCCCGAUGCCUCCAGAGCACUCCAGAUGACCAGGACGUUUCGUUAACAUCACUGACAGAGAAUCUAAUUGACUUUACAGAAGCCACGCCUCGGGUGUCUUCUCAGCCCAUUGUAACACCGAGGUGGAUAGUGCCAACUGGACUGAUUUCCAACGGGCCUUUGGGAAAUAAUGUUGCCUUAUCUUUGAAGGCAGUGAAAGGCAGCACAGAGACCCUGAUGUCCUCAGGGCUGACACCAUCCCAGCAGGCACCUGAAGUGAGCCCAGUUACUGAGGAUGCUACAAUAAGAACAAAAUGUUUACUCACCACUGAACUCUAGAAGAACAAGUCUCUGAAACUCACCUUGUAAAAACUCACAUCUUCUAACAUAUCUCUAUGGGAUCCUUCCAAAAGACUUGCUUGGGAUCAAACUCAUGCUGAAUGGGAGCCAGACAGGUUUGCCAGGAUCCAGGAAGAGACUUCUGCAUUUUUCACAAUCUAACUGGAACUGCAGCCUGAACUGGGAUGUAAAACCACAUGCACAUUUGAUCUUCUCCUUCGGGAGAAGUGAAAUGUCACACCGGAGCUAGUUCUGAACUGUGGAAAAGAAAGCAGCUGUGUUCUGCUCUUGCUGGGUUGAUUGUUCCUUACCCUGAGCUGGCUCUGGUGCUGGAAGGUAUCGCAGAGCUGUGGGCUGUAAGCUGGCUGCAGAAUAAUGAACGUCGCAGGGAUGAGGAGAACUCACAGGGCCACCUCGUGGCCGUGCCCUGCACAGGGCUCUCUGUGGUGGUCACUGUCCCCCCCGUACAGCCAAGGACAUUUUCUUCUCUGUGAUUAUUCUCUCUGGUUUUCCUUCGUUGUACCAACAAACACUCUCCUUUUUGGCCUUAACCCCCUUAAUAAUCCUUCCACACCCUGUUACAGUACCUGGAAAGCAUGAAAAUCUAAUCCAUCAGUGAUCAGCUAUGUAGACUGGAUUUGAGCUGCUGCUCACUGCAACCAGGAAAAUGCAAAUUACCUGCCAAACUGCUUGUAGCAUUAGCAGAAUACUUAUACUGAUAAUUUAAUUUCCUACAUGAUUCAAAUACAUGCAUUUUAGACUAGAGAUCUGUAUGUUUUAAGAGCCAAAGCAGUGAAGGUGUGAGUGCAACUUGCUUAAGGAAUUGCUUAUUGUUUAGUAUUGUUGUCUUCUAGGACUAGAAAGGAAAAGAAUUGUCUUGUUUCUCUUCA